UCUUUCAUAUUUACUAUUCAUUUUUUCUAUUCUCUUUUUUUUCCCUCUAAAUUUAAUAUUUUUUUCCAUAAACAAAAUUAUCUGGCUUCUUUCGGUUUCCAGUUUUGCCCUUCGCCGCCGCUCCCCAAUUCGCCGGCACCGGAAUCUGCACGCCACCGAUGUAACUGGAAGCAGAAAUGGAUAUGCAUUCAAGCAACCCUGGUCCAAUUGAUGAUUCUGUCCUUUAUGAUCAAGAUAAGCAUGUCUCAGCUGCUGUUUGGGAGGGGCAGGAACGAGGUGCACUUAGGUGCCAUGAACACACCUCAAAGCUGGAUCGCUGGGUUCUUACUGAUAAGCAAAUUGAAUUGGUAAAGAAGGCUGGAUUUGGUUUCUUGAGAUUGAUACCUGCUAUUAGUUUGGAUAACCCACUUAUCUCUGCGUUGGUUGAGAGAUGGAGAAGAGAAACAAACACAUUCCAUUUCACUGUAGGAGAGAUGACAGUGACUCUGGAAGAUGUCGCAUAUUUGCUGGGGCUACCAAUUGAUGGUGAACCAGUUAUAGGUGUUACAUAUACCACAUGUGAUGCAGUAUGUGUCAAAUAUUUAGGAAAAGGACCAGGUUCUGGGUACACGAGUGGUGGAAUGGUGAAACUUAGCUGGUUGAAAGAGAGCUUCUCUCAUUGUCCCGAGGAUGCUUCAGAUGAAGAUGUUGAGUGUUACACCCGUGCCUAUCUUCUUUAUCUUGUUGGUAGCACAAUAUUUUCAACAACCACUGGUAACAAAGUCCCUGUGAUGUACCUUCCGUUGUUUGAAGACUUUGAAGAAGCAGGGAAAUAUGCAUGGGGUGCAGCAGCAUUAUCUUUUUUGUAUAGAGCGCUUGGUAAUGCCUCAUUGAAAUCUCAGAGCACAAUUAGUGGUUGCUUAACUCUGCUACAGUGCUGGAGCUACUAUCAUCUUAAUGUUGGUAGACCUCGACUUAAGCAUGAUCCAAUCCAUGAAUGUUUUCCAUUUGUGCUCCGUUGGAAAGGUAAACAAAGUGGUCCAACAUCAAAUCGUGAUGUAGCCUUCUACCGUAAAGCAUUGGACUCCCUCAAGGCAUCUGACGUAAAUUGGUCUCCUUAUACAAAUAUUGGUCAUACUGUUAUACCAGUAAAUAUUAUAAAUAGUCUCAUUCUUGGGAGAUCAAAGACAAUGUUGAUAUGCUUUGACAAAGCAGAGAGACACCUUCCAGACCGUUGCCUGAGGCAGUUUGACAUGACUCAAACAAUCCCAGAAGAUGUACAAAAGUGGGAGAGGAAGAGCCGUGGAGUAGAUGGCGGGGUAGACCUCUCUUUGAAAAUGGAAUCAGAGCUCAAUGAAUGGUCAUAUCGCCGUCUCCAUAUUGUUGAGGCUGAAGAAGAUGUCGAGGAAAGUGAAUACAUGCACUGGUAUUUGAGAAUAACACGCAAGUUGGUUGGUAGGCCCAUACCGAUCUCAUCGGAGUUUCAGAGAAUGAAUGCAGCACUGAGGGACAUUGCCCAUGUGGCAGAUACUCUUUCCACGCAUGGGAUGGAUGACCAACAGAUACAGGCAGUGUCAAGAAUCAGGUAUGUUGCACAUGAGUGCUUGAGGGACCAGUUUGGGGUUUCAUUGGUGGUGGCCUCCGUGCCAAAUGAAGUUGGGAAAAGGACAAGAGGGAAGGAGAAGGUAAGGAGGAAGGGCAUGGGAAAACGGAGAAAAAAAGAAGACACAGAUCAUCAUAGUUUGUACCGCUUGAAUCCCAUGGCCAGUCAACUAGUUUCAUAUCCUGCAGAAAAUGAGCUUGAUCAUGCGCUGCAGUGUCUUCCUCCAAGUGAGACAGAGAAUGUACGGGCAUCUCUUAUGGUUCACAAAGUUGAUGAAGUAGAGGUUUGUGAUGAUUCUAAUGAGGUUGAUGAUUUGCACUUCCGCCAUACAGCUGAAGAAGAUGAUGAUGAUCAACCUUCACAGGGAGCAAGUGAAAGUGCUGCAGAGUUGCCUUGUACAGCUACUGAGGUUGUUCAACAACCCUCUCUGGAAAGCACUGAGGAUGUUGCUCGGCAAGUGGAGGCACAUUAAUCUGUGUGUCUUUUAGUGUUGACUACAAGAGGCAUUGUUCGAUGAUCAUCUGCCAUGAUGAAUUGCUCUUUCGUGGAGCCUCGAAAUCUUUUAAGCCUCCAAAUAUCUUGUUAUGUCAGGCUGUCGCUGAUUAGUUAGGUAGACCGUAAUAGUUUCUUCUGUUUACCUGUAGCCUUUCUGGCAGUAAUUUAACACAGAAAGGAAUGUGAUUGUAAUUCAUUUUGACUUGUCAUGUUUUAUAUUUAAAUGAUUAGGUAUAUUCUUAGUGAUUAAGGAAUUUUGGUAGCUAUUUCUGGCCUUUAAUUCAUCAAUCCCCAGAAGUGGUUUGAUGGCAUUGCUAAAUUAUGAUAAACUGUUGUGAUAAACGAUGUGAUCACUUUCAUUGCUU